AUGGCUGGUGCUAAACUCAUCUCUUCUCCUAUGUCAACAUCCUGCAAUUUGUCAUCACUUCAAGGUGUUGCACUUCCAAACCCUGCAGAAUACAGGAGCAUAGUUGGAGCACUGCAAUAUGUUACACUUACCAGACCAGACAUCUCUUUCUCCGUCAACAAGGUUUGCCGCUUUCUACAUGCUCCCACAGAUGCUCACUGGUCAUCUGUGAAACGGAUCCUUCGCUAUCUCAAGAGUACAUUGGAUGUUGGUCUUCAUUUCACUCCAUUGACAUCUCUUCAACUACAUGCUUUCAGUGAUGCUAAUUGGGCUGGAUGUCCAGACGAUCAUAAAUCUACUGAUGGGUAUUGUGUGUACUUGGGACCCAACCUCAUCGCAUGGAGUGCCAAGAAACAAGCUAUUGUAGCUCGCUCCAGCACUGAAGCCGAAUUCAGAGCAUUGGCCAACUUGGUAACAGAACUACUAUGGUUUCAAUCCCUCUUGACUGAUCUAGGAUUUCCUUCCAAGAUGCCUCCGGUUUCCUGGUGUGACAAUAUCGGCACGUCACACUGGCUACUCAUCCGGUGUUUCAUGCACGCACCAAACAUGUAG